AUCACGUGAUCAGCGCCGAGCCCGGAAUCGGCACGGUCAGGUACCCCACUGAUGGCCGACCGCCUCGUCGAGGUCGAAGCGCGCCUCCAGAGUCUCCUCGAGGAGCGCCGGCGCAUCGACGGCCUCAUCGCGGCGGCGGAGGAGGAGCGCGACGGUCUGCUCGAGGACGCGGAGGAGCCCGUCGACGAGGAGGAGCUCGUCGAAGAGGACUGGAGCGGCGGCCAGGCCUGGGAUGGCGCCGUCGACGCCGCGCUGCAGCGCUGCGCGCUCGCGGCGUUCCGCCCGCUGCAGCGCGAGAUCAUUAACGCCGCGCUCGCGGGGCGCGACGUCUUCGCGGUGCUGCGCACCGGCGGCGGCAAGUCGCUGUGCUACCAGCUGCCGGCGCUCGCGGGGCCGCCGGCGACGACCGUCGUCGUGAGCCCGCUCGUCUCGCUCAUCGAGGACCAGGCGCGCGCCUGCGGCGACCUCGGCCUGCGCGCCGUCGCGCUGACGUCGGCGUCGGGCCGCGACGCGCUCAACGCGGCGCUCAAGGACCUGGGCGAGGCGGCGACGGGCGCCGCGGAGGCCGCGGGGCGGGUCGUCUUCGUGACGCCCGAGCGCGUCGCGUCGUCGAAGCGGCUGCUGGCGACGCUCGAGAAGUGCGAGAAGGCGGGCCGGCUGGCGCGCUUCGUCAUCGACGAGGCGCACUGCGCGAGCGCGUGGGGCCACGACUACCGGCCCGACUACGCCAAGCUCGGAAGCCUGCGCACCGCGUUUCCGCGGGUGCCGAUUCUCGCGCUCACGGCGACGGCGACGCCGCGGGUCCUGCGAGACGUCGAGGAGAUCCUGGGCCUCGGCCGGCGGACGGUGCGGUUCCGCGGCAAGAGCGACCGGCCGAACCUGUUCUUCGAGGUCAGGCGGAAGCCCGCGGCGAAAGACGACGCCGUCGCGGCGCUCGCCGCGUUCGUCGACGAGGUCGGCCGGACGGCGACGGGCGUGGUCUACUGCCUCAGCCAGAAGGAGUGCGAGGACGUGUCGUCGGGCCUGCGGACGCGCGGCCUCCGCGCCGCGCCGUACCACGCGGGCCUGCCCGACGAGAGCCGGAGCCGCGUCCACGACGCGUGGCGCCGCGGCUCCGUGGCGGUCGUCUGUGCGACGAUCGCCUUCGGCCUCGGCAUCGACAAGCCUGACGUCCGGUACGUCGCGCACUUCACCUGCAGCAAGGCGCUCGAGAGCUACUACCAGGAGGCCGGCCGCGCCGGCCGGGACGGCGCGCCGGCGCGGUGCUGCCUCUUCUACCGCGCCGCGGACCUGUGGCGCAUCUUUUCGCUCACGGCGACGGAGGCGUCCGGCGCGGCCAACGGCAUGGCCAUGGCCUGCUACUGCUCGUCGCGCGGUGCGUGCCGACGGAAAGCGCUCGCCCACGCGCUCGGCGACGCGGACCCCCCCGCGCGCGGCGACCCCGCGUUGUGCUGCGACGCCUGCGCGGCGUCGGCGACGGCGGCGCGCGACGACGACGGCGCCGCGCUCGCGCUCGCCAAGGCCUUCGCCGCCGAGGCCAUCGCCGCGCCGCGGCAGCGCACGGCCAAGGCGCUCGUCGACGACGUGCGCAAGAAGGCGGCCAAGGGCACCGUGGCCAAGCGGCUCUCGAAGGAGGCGCUCGAGGAGUUCUGCGGGUCCCUCCUCGUCGCGCGCGUCCUCGCCCUGGACCUCCACUUCACGGCGUACUCCGUCGUCGUCUACCUCAAGGCCGGCAGACACGCGCGCGCGCUCGUCGACGGCUCCCGGAGCAUCGACGUCGCGCUGCCCGACGACGACGCGGCCCGGCCCGCGGCCAAGCCGAAGCCCCAGGCCGCCGUCAUCGACCUCUGCGCGGACGACGACGACGACGACCCGCCCCCGAAGCGCCAGCGCGAGUCCUAAGCGCUAUCGCCCGUC